GCCAAGGAGGGCUUUAUUCGUCUGAGUAGUUGUCAGUCAUAACCAAAGCCAUAAGCAAUUUGCUCGGGACUACCUAUAGACCUCGCCCACUAUAAGCCCCUUUCUUUCCUUCGCUUCCUCUUUCAGAGAAUGUCCGGAUUGCUAUUGGACUUUGGAGCGCAUGGCUCCAAAGCAACUCAUUGGCUAGAACUUGACGGAAAAUGGUGGUUAGGUAAAACGCGCCUGCGCAGCACGCGGCGGGACGGGGGUUGGCCAAUCCUGUGAGGGUUGAACCGUCUCUUGUUCCACCUCUUCACCCCAUCUUGUCGCCAUGGUGACUGCUCUACAAUUGGCGAGGCUUGCACUUCAAAGUCCUAGGCUCGCUUCAUCCGGGUCCUUCAGCUGUGGACUUUCUGCUGAUUGGGCCUUUUCCUUUUCCCCUGAUUGGCCGACCUCGGGAAAGACGGCGAAGAGCUAGGAAAAGAGGGAAAACACUAGGGUCGCAGGGUUCAAAAUGGCUCCAACCUCCUUUGGUGACGUAGAGAGCAGAACUUGGGUCUGCCCCUCCCUUUUAGUUAAGGGAGCAGAACUGGGAUUAGCCCGACGUUUGGAUAGUGCGAACAUCGAUCUGCGGCGCUGGUGUUAACCCAACUCAUUCGGCUGGACGACUCAGCCCUCCCCGCAUUAGGUGAUUUACAGAGCAAAACUGAACUAAAGGCCCACCCCUUUCUUAACGUUGUACACAGAGUAGAACAGGAUUGACUUCAACUCCGUUUUAAAUCUUCAGAGCAGGAAAGCUCUGGGCUCAACCCCUUUGUGAGUGGUGCAAAAGGGGCAAAGCCCGCCCCUUUUAAGGAGACCCGCGGAGGUUAGACCCGCCCUUUCCUCCUUAUAAUUUGCCCAUCAGAAAUAGGGUCUUCUUCCCGGGUUGGACCCCGGGGAGUUUGGGCUUCUCCUACAAUCACUGACCCUCACUGUGACCAAAGGAGCAGAAUUAGGUAACAGUCCUCCCACUACCAGUCCUCUUCCCGAGGGCAUGUAAACUCAUGCAGGGUAAAGGUGUGGCUAGAGGUGGGACAUUGAUAAAAGAUCCCAUGUGACUCAAGAGUAAGGAAAGAUGAGAAGUUAGCAGUUGCGUAAAGAAGGACUGGGGCAGAUGAGGAUUCAGGAAACUUGAGGUUUAGGAAGGAAGAUAUUGCGAGGGAAAGAUGGAAAUGAAGGAGAGUGAAGUGAUGGAAUGAUCCUAGUAAAGGGAUAAUGGGAGUGGAGGAAGAGAAGAGGGGGUGGAAAACUAGAUACAUGGCUACCAAAUUAAGGAGGCACCCUCAUUGCAGAGGAAUCGGCAUUCUUCCUCACUUUUUGUUUUUCUAGAAAGCACCCCUGAAGCCAAAUUUCCAUUGGAAGAAAAGAUGUACCCAUAUUGUAUGUUGUGAGAAGGGGUUGUCUCAGCUUGGGCAAGUAAGGAGACUGAUAGGAAGGAAGUAGGAAAGAAAAAGUACAGAGGUAAAAGAGCAUGGAAAAGGAAAGGGUCAGGGAUAAGGCCAAAGAGAUCUCUUCUCUUUAAAGGCUAGAGAAGGCAGGUGGAGGGGGGAACUGGACUGCUGGGAGAUAGUGAGGGACAAAGGGCAAAGGAAACCGGACCAGAGGACUGGAGAGUGAGAUGGAGUGAGAUGAAGUCCUGGAGAGAAAAAGAAGAGAGGUGAACUUAAUGCUUGUCAUAUGGUGGCCAGAAUGGAUUUGUGGCCAGGGGCAUGGAUGCUGCUGCUGCUGCUCUUCCUGCUGCUGCUCUUCCUGCUGCCCACCCUGUGGUUCUGCAGCCCCAGUGCCAAGUACUUCUUCAAGAUGGCCUUCUACAAUGGCUGGAUCCUCUUCCUGGCUGUGCUUGCCAUCCCUGUGUGUGCCGUGCGAGGACGCAACGUCGAGAACAUGAAGAUCUUGCGUCUAAUGCUGCUCCACAUCAAAUACCUGUACGGGAUCCGAGUGGAGGUGCGAGGGGCUCACCACUUCCCUCCCUCGCAGCCCUAUGUUGUUGUCUCCAACCACCAGAGCUCUCUCGAUCUGCUUGGGAUGAUGGAAGUACUGCCAGGCCGCUGUGUGCCCAUUGCCAAGCGCGAGCUACUGUGGGCUGGCUCUGCCGGGCUGGCCUGCUGGCUGGCAGGAGUCAUCUUCAUCGACCGGAAGCGCACGGGGGAUGCCAUCAGUGUCAUGUCUGAGGUCGCCCAGACCCUGCUCACCCAGGACGUGAGGGUCUGGGUGUUUCCUGAGGGAACGAGAAACCACAAUGGCUCCAUGCUGCCCUUCAAACGUGGCGCCUUCCAUCUUGCAGUGCAGGCCCAGGUUCCCAUUGUCCCCAUAGUCAUGUCCUCCUACCAAGACUUCUACUGCAAGAAGGAGCGUCGCUUCACCUCGGGACAAUGUCAGGUGCGGGUGCUGCCCCCAGUGCCCACGGAAGGGCUGACACCAGAUGACGUCCCAUCUCUGGCUGACAGAGUCCGGCACUCCAUGCUCACUGUUUUCCGGGAAAUCUCCACUGAUGGCCGGGGUGGUGGUGACUAUCUGAAGAAGCCUGGGGGGGGUGGGUGAACCCUGGCUCUGAGCUCUCCUCCCAUCUGUCCCCAUCUUCCUCCCCACACCUACCCACCCAGUGGGCCCUGAAGCAGGGCCAAACCCUCUUCCUUGUCUCCCCUCUCCCCACUUAUUCUCCUCUUUGGAAUCUUCAACUUCUGAAGUGAAUGUGGAUACAGCGCCACUCCUGCCCCCUCUUGGCCCCAUCCAUGGACUCUUGCCUCGGUGCAGUCUCCACUCUUGACCCCCACCUCCUACUGUCUUAUCUGUGGGACAGUUGCCUCCCCCUCAUCUCCAGUGACUCAGCCUACACAAGGGUGGGGAACAUUCCAUCCCCAGUGGAGUCUUCCUGUGUGGUCUUCUCUACCCCUUUACCCCACAUUGGCCAGUGGACUCAUCCAUUCUUUGGAACAAAUUCCCCCUACUCCAAAGUCCAUGGAUUCAAUGGACUCAUCCAUUUGUGAGGAGGACUUCUCGCCCUCUGGCUGGAAGUUGAUACCUGAAGCACUCCCAGGCUCACCCUGGGAGCUUUCCUCAGCAUCUUCACCUUCCCUCCCAGUGUAGCCUCCCGUCAGUGGGGGCUGGACCCUUCUAAUUCAGAGGUCUCAUGCCUGCCCUUGCCCAGAUGCCCAGGGUCGUGCACUCUCUGGGAUACCAGUUCAGUCUCCACAUUUCUGGUUUUCUGUCCCCAUGGUACAGUUCUUCAGUGGACAUGACCCCACCCAGCCCCCUGCAGCCCUGCUGCACCAUCUCACCAGACACAAGGGGAAGAAGCAGACAUCAGGUGCUGCACUCACUUCUGCCCCCUGGGGAGUUGGGGAAAGGAACGAACCCUGGCUGGAGGGGAUAGGAGGGCUUUUAAUUUAUUUCUUUUUCUGUUGAGGCUUCCCCCUCUCUGAGCCAGUUUUCAUUUCUUCCUGGUGGCAUUAGCCACUCCCUGCCUCUCACUCCAGACCUGUUCCCACAACUGGGGAGGUAGGCUGGGAGCAAAAGGAGAGGGUGGGACCCAGUUUUGCGUGGUUAGUUUUUAUUAAUUACUGGAUAACAGCAAAAAACUGAAAAUAAAGAGAGAGAGAGA